AAUAGUCACAACAAAAGCAUAAGAAAAUAUGAAGAUAAUAAAGAGUUCGCCGCUUUUAGCUAUGCUGAUCGGCUUCAUUAUCAUAGCAGCCGCAAUCUCCACAAUCUCCGUUGAGGGUCGUAAACAUCACGUCAAGAGGAUCAAACCCAAACACAGUCGUCAUUCUAAAGAUACCCCUACCGGCUCUCCUGCACCCGCCCCUUAUCCGUCCACCCAUGAUGGUGUUUUCGACAUCCUCUCCUUCGGUGCCAAGGGCGAUGGGAUCUCCGACGACUCAAAGGCAUUGAUCGGAGCGUGGAAGGCGGCUUGUAGAGUAGCCGGAGGGAAGGUGGAGAUUCCGGCAGGGAAAGAGUUUAUGGUGAAGGCGGUGACGCUGCAAGGACCGUGCAAGGAGGAAACGGUGGUUCAAAUAGAAGGAACCUUAGUAGCUCCUACUAAGAUAGGGUCAUGGCCUAAGUCAAGCUUGUUUCAAUGGCUUAACUUCAAAUGGGUCAGUCACGUCACCAUCCAAGGCUCAGGGACUCUUGAUGCUCGUGGCUAUAACUGGUGGAACCUAGACAAUUAUCAAACUCAAAAGAGAAAUAAGUAUAUCCCACUAAUGAAACCAACGAUAUUAGCAUAUGCAUAG